AUGACCCAUUAUCACCUGACGCCGAUCGUUUAUUUACGAAUGCCCGAAAUCGACGAAAUUACUCAGCGAAUGGUGAAGAAGAAGGUUCUGGAUGGUGGUCUCCGCGACCAGAUGCGAGAGGUACUUCUGCUGGACCACAGCACCCUUUACACCCGGCAGAAGAGACGCGCCAAGGCCGGACAACAGCUUCACAUUAUUCGUUCACUGGCCGAAAUCGGCAAGCGACAUUCGGCGAAGGAUGUCAACAAGUGUAAGUCCUUCUCCAUGGCGAAUCUCAAGUUAGCACAUGCAGCUUCAGUAUCGAUUGGUUUCUCCUACUGA